AUGGCCAAUUCCCAUGAUAAUAUAAUUCAAUUUCGUGGAGUUAUGAAAUUAGAAGAUGAAAAAAAAUAUUCGCUUGUUCUUGAAUAUGCGAACGGUGGAACACUAAGAGAACAUUUAAGGAACAAAACUAUAACUUUUAAGUGGGAGGACCAGUUAAGGUUUGCUAAGGAGCUUGCAAGUGCGGCUUUAUGGUUACAUGAUUAUAAGGAAAUCAUACACGGUGAUCUUCACCCCGACAAUAUCUUAGUACACAGAGAUACAAUAAAAUUAGCAGAUUUUGGGCGUUCUUUUGAAAAAGGAAAGGAUUGUACUACUACUAAAAUAUGGGGUGUAAUACCUUACGUGGAUUCUAAAAUGCUUGAAAUGCUUAUCCAAAAUGCCCCAUGUGUUUUAACUGAGAAGUCUGAUAUAUAUAGCUUGGGAGUAAUAUUCUGGGAAUUAACAAGUCGAAAAUCACCUUUCAGUUUUAACAAUCAGAAAUGCGACUAUUCGCUCAUUAAUAUCAUUAGUAAGGGUGCUAGAGAAGAACCGGUUAAAGACACAAAUAAUAAAUUCGUCGUACUUUAUGAAAAAUGCUGGCAACACGAACCAAAUAAUAGACCGGAUAUCAGCGAGUAA